UGCCGGCUAUGGCGGCCUCUCAGGCAGGGCUUUGCGGGGAACUUCCCAGAACGCAGGGGCCUGCCGACCCGGCCCUUCCUAACUGGUGCACACACCGAGACCCACUCAUAACGGGACAGUGCUCGGACGGCAUUGGCUCACGGCCCUCCCCUUGGAGAAGAGGCCACAUUGGGGUCGAGCAAACUUUCUCAAAACCCGGUACUAGGGUGGUGCUAGUGGUACUAGUGCGUCAGUCCCCGCGGCCUCGGCAAGAGGAGCCACAGGGACGGGCUCAGGAAUCUGGCAGAGCUCGAGGUGGGUGUCCCAGAGUGGGGGGCUGCAACGAGACGCGCAUGCUGGAGAAGCUGCCCAGGUGCGGGAAGGCCUUCGCUGACAUGAUGCGCACGGUGGAAGUCUGGAAGUGGUGCAACCUGUCGGAGUUCAUCGUGUACUAUCAGAGCUUCACCAAUUGCACGGAGGUGGAGACCAACGUGGUGGGCUGCUACUGGCCCAACCCGCUGGCGCAAGGCUUCAUCACUGGCGUCCACAGGCAGUUCUUCUCCAACUGCACCGUGGACCGGACACACUGGGAGGACCCUCCAGACGCAGUGCUCAUCCCGCUCAUCGCUGUGCCCGUCCUGCUCACCGUUGCCAUGGCCGGCCUGGUGGUGUGGCGCAGCAAGCGCACGGGCCAGCUGCUGUGAGGCCGGCGCCCCCAGGGGUGGGGGGAGGGGCGGCCGGAGAGCUGCGGGAUGCUGUGCUGCCGCCCUGAUCCUCCCUGAUAGCCUGCCGGGCUCAGGUCGCUCACCCAGCCUCAUCCUUCUUCCUGGGCCCGGGAAGAGAGCGCAUCAAGGCCCAGCCUGGCGCUGGAACUAAUCACUGCUGCUAUGCCCGCCCUCCAGCCUGGGCUGGGGCCUCCAGGGUUUCCAGCCUUCAUGGCCGCAGCCUAAGCCUCUGGCCGGGACCCCAACCCAGGCCUGGCUCGGACUCCACCUCCCAAACUGACCUCAACCCCAGUCCUGACCCUACCUCCAGCCCUGACCACACCUCCCAACCCGGCCCUAUCCGUGCCUGACCCCACCCCUGCCCUGACCCCACUUUCCAACCCGGCCCCACCCCCUACCCUGACCCCAGCCCUAUCCUGACCCCACCUCCUGCCCUGACCCGCCCCCUGCCCUGACCCCACCUCCAGCCCUGACCCCACUUCCCAACCUGGCCACGCCUCCUGCCCUGACCCCACCUCUUGCCCUGAUCCCACCUCCCAACCAAGCCCCACCCCCUCUCCUGACCCCACCUUCAAUAUAGGCCCCACCUCUGCCUUGAUCCCACCUCCUUCCCUCACCCCACCCCUGGCCUUGUCCCACCUCUUCCCUGACUCCGCCUCCCGACCCACCCCACCCCCUUCCCUGAUUCCACCUCCUGACCAAUCCCACCCUCUGUCCUGGCCUUACCCGCUUCUGGCCCUGCUCGGGGCGCCCCUGGCCUGGCCUGCCCACUCCCACCUGCACUGGGUUGAGAGAUUGUGAGUCGGGUGUUUGUACCCGUGGUGUGCUGUGUCUCAGCCCUCCUGGCCUGGAGCUCAUGAACAUCCUGCUGCCAGAAAACCCCGGAGACUGAGUCAGGCAGGAGUCCUCCUGGGGCCAUGUACCACCUGAGACCCCCUGUCUGCGCCCACAACCAGGGGCGGCGGGGACGCGUGGGGUGCAGGCCUCCUUCCUAGCCCCUGCGAGCCAGGCGCCUCCGAGCUGGGAUCCUGUGAGCCCGAGCAGCCGCUGAGCUCUGUGUGUGCUCUGUGCUUUCCCUGAGUAAAGAAUCAUCGUGCUUC